AGAGACUGACACAGGGCAGGAUGGGCUGCACUAGGCUGCUAGAAAAGCCACUGCUAGGCUACUGUAUGGAGGAAUGACAGCCAGAUUGGGAAUAUAGCCUUGUGUGCCUGUCUUCUAUAGCGUCCUUAGACACAAAUUUAGUGAAUGGGACUAAGAAUACAGUGGCAGACUGUAUCACUGACCAUCAAGAGCAACCAGCAGAUUUGGAUGAGCUCACACCACAUGGGAUCUCCUGUAUAUCAGAUCCCCAUAUUGACUGGUGAGGAGGAGGAGGAACAUGCAGUGUGAUGAUGCCCUCCCUCUUCCCCUGGGGCAGGAACUAUGUUUGCAUCUAACCCUGAUAGAGCUAAAGUAAGCUACACCAGACCGAGCCACACUGCGUAACAUUACUGACAGACAGUUGUCACCUCCCUCACAGGACAAUAAGAACACACACAUACCCAUACACUGCCCCCACUUGGACACUGAAGCAGAGGCAACACUGGUGAUAGAGGGAAAGAGAGAGUAAGAGAGAGCAAGCAGACAGAGAGCUGGUCUGGUCUGGGUUAUGGCGUGCAGCAUUGACAAGCCUGUUAACUAUAGAGAGUCAUAUGAAUGCUUUAUAACAUGUGUCUGUGAAUCUGCAUAGAACACAUAAACAUAGACUGCCAGCCGCUUCCUGCCUCCUGUAGCAUUGGACAGCACCCGGCUGGAUAUACAUGUCACAGGGGCAGGGGGACAGUCACAGUCAAAGAGAGACUUGCUAGCUGAGCCCAGGGGACUACAAUCAACAGGUGGAGCUGAACAAAUAAGCUAUUGGUCGCAGGCUCAGCCAACAAGACCAGAAACAGGAGCGUCAUUAGAAGGCCCUGUCAGAGAGAGCUCUAGAGAGCAUGUGGAAGCCACAGCCAUUGUUUAAAACAACGCCAGAGACAACAACUGAAGCCUAGCCCCAGAGACUGAAGUCACUGCACAGAGCUCCGGAGAAAACACUGAAGCCUAGCCCCAGAGACUGAAGUCACAGCACAGAGCUUCGGAGACAACACUGAAGCCAGUGAAUCCACAACCCCUGAGCCCCAAAGAGACCACCACUGCGGGAUGGCUUCAACACUGUGACUGACUCUAGACCCACUGGAGUUCCAACUGUACAGCUGGGAACCAGAGCUAAAGACCAGAAUAAUAGGAUACUAAACUCACGUCUCAAAGGGAUUAUUGUGUGGUUGUGUGUGUUGCUCUGUGUGUAUGGUUCUGUGUGUGUUGUCUUGGGUGUAGCAGUGCAGUGUGUGAGCUAGUUUUGUUUUAAGUUCUGUGUGAGUAGUUCUCCAUCAGCAGAUGUUGCAGAAAUGGCCAGCAUGGUGGUCCAGCUCUUGGGCUUCUUCCUGGGUCUGUUGGGGCUUGUAGUUAGUGUAGUUGCUACGGUGCUCCCCCAUUGGCGACGGACGUUAUAUGUGGGCUCUAACAUCAUCACAACCACUGCAUACAUGAAGGGGCUCUGGAUGGAGUGUGUGUGGCACAGCACGGGCAUCUACCAGUGUGAAGUACAUCGCUCAAUGCUGGCUCUGCCACCUGACCUGCAAGCAGCGCGGGCGUUGAUGGUGCUAUCCUGUCUGACCUCCACCCUGGCAGUCCUGGUGUCCUCUACAGGGAUGAAGUGUACCCGCUGUGCCCGACGCUCCCCCACCAAGCACGUCCUGGCCAUCAGUGGAGGGGUCUGCUUCCUGUCUGCAGGCAUGCUCUGCCUUAUCACUGUCUGCUGGACAACCAAUGAUGUCAUCCUCGACUUCUACAACCCCAUCCUACCUGAAGGUAUGAAGUAUGAGAUUGGCAUGGCGGUGUAUUUGGGCUAUGUCUCGGCCUGUUUAAGUCUGAUGGGAGGGGUGGUGCUCUGUUGGAACUGUGAGGGGCGGCCCGGGAACGCCCUCCCCCUCCAGCUACCUCGUCGUCACCACCCUCCUCCUCCCCCUGUCUUCAGCACUUUAAACACCCCAGCACCCCCUUACUAUCCCCCUGCCGCACUGAAUGGCAACCGCACUCCCUCACGCACCUCAGUGUCCAGCAGUGGCUACAGACUCAACGACUAUGUCUGAGGGAUGGAGUACACACUCAAUUAUUGCUUCUUAGUGUGGAAGUGGACACACUUAAUUAUUAUGUUUGAAUGUGGAAUAUAAUACAGACUGAUUGACUACGUCUAAGGGAGGUUCACACUUAAUGACUUUCCAGACAACCUCCAGAGAGUGACUGAGGAUGAGUGUGUUUUACAGUGUUGAUGUUGUUCAGGUUGUGUCCUUCUUCUCUGAGGUAAAGUCCACAAGGUAAUCCUGUCCUCUUUA